AAAACUCAUUGCCUCUCCUCAUCACAGCCACAACACCUAGCUAGCUGCAGCUUGUGUGCGAGCUACUCCUGCAGCUAGCUACUAGCUACAGCCAAAGAUUACCAGCAACAGAAAUUAACUGUGUGAGACGUCGAUCAGAUCGUUCGAGAGAAUGGGUGUAGGAAGGGUUAUGAACGAUGCGAAGCCGUACCUGGCGAUGAUACUGCUGCAGGUGGGGUUCGCCGGGAUGUACGUGGUGGCCGUCGCCUCGCUCAAGCGCGGCAUGAGCCACUUCGUCCUCGUCGUCUACCGUAACCUCUUCGCCACCGCCGUCAUGGCGCCCUUCGCCCUCUGGUUCGAGAGGCGAGUAAGACCAAGGUUGACCCUCAUCAUCUUCCUGAAGAUCAUGGGGCUCGCCAUACUUGAGCCUGUGCUUGAUCAGAACCUGUACUACAUGGGGGCCAACCUGACAUCCGCCGGCUUCGCCUCCGCUCUCAUCAACGUCCUCCCCGCCGUCACCUUCGUCAUGGCCCUCGUCCUCAGGAUGGAGAAGGUGAAGCUGAAGAGCGUGCACAGCCAGGCGAAGAUCGCCGGGACACUGUUCACGGUGGCCGGAGCGGUGCUGAUGGUGCUGUACCACGGCCCGGUGGUGCAGUUCCCGUGGACCAAGGGGCAGCACCACGACGGCGGCUCCGGCGCCGGCGGCGCGGCGGGCGGCGGGUUCCUCCAGGGCACCAUCUUCAUCGUCGUCGCCUGCGUGUGCUGGUCGGGCUUCUUCGUCCUCCAGUCCAACACCCUGCAGAGUUACCCGGCCGAGCUGUCGCUCACCACGCUCAUCUGCCUCAUGGGCUCCGUCCUCAGCGGCACCGUCGCCCUCGUCGCCGAGCGCCACAACACCCACGCCUGGCUCAUCGGCUUCGACACCCGCCUCUUCACCUGCGUCUACGCCGGUAUCGUGUGCUCCGGCGUGGCGUACUACGUGCAGGGGAUCGUGUCGAGGCAGAGGGGCCCAGUGUUCGUGACAGCAUUCAACCCGCUCUGCAUGAUCAUCACCGCCAUCAUGGGCUCCAUCAUUCUCAAGGAAGAAAUCAACCUUGGAAGCGUGAUCGGCGCGGUGAUCAUCGUGAUAGGGCUGUACGCGCUGAUCUGGGGCAAGGGCGCCGACAAAGUCGAGCAGACAGACGCCGGCGCGGCGGCGGCGGGCAGCAACAAGGGCGGCGGCGAGCUGCCAUUGACGGCGGUGCCCAACGGCCACGGCAGCAAGCACGGCAACGGCGGCCAUGUCUACGACGUCGAGACGCCGCCGGCGGCGAACGGGCACUACUAGCCUAAGCACAUGCAGCAGCAGUCCGUCAUCCUCGGCAGUCCAUUGUAAGCUAGUUGUGGUUCGAUCGACCAUCGAUCGAUCGAGAGCGUGACACGAUUUCUUCUUCUUCGUCGUCUUCUUCUUCUUCUUCUUUUCCUUCUUGAUUUCUCCUAAGAAUUCUUGUGAGGUAUUAAAAUUUUCACAUAAUGCAAUGUAAUGGAUAAGGCCAGGACGUGUCCGGAAGUGCUUGCUUAAGUAAUGAAUCACAUAUUAUUCUCUCUAGCUCUGCUGUCUUACGUGGCCGGAGCUGCAAUUAA